AUGUCGGUUCAAAAUGCCCUUCUAAAACCGUCACCACGGGCGGUCCAGGAAUUUACGUUAGAGGGGGCAUUUAACUUAGAGGCGCAACCUUUUGGUGCAUUUUGGGCACCAGAGUCUGUGAAUUACAUCCCGGGGGCCCGUUUCAUCGACGAUAUUAAUCGUAAAGUGAAUGCUCUAAGACGUGAAGUGAAUGAUCUUAAUUGUAAAGCGAAUGCUCUUAGACGUGAAAUGAAUGAUCUUAGUCGUGAAGUGAAUGCUCUUAGACGUGAAAUGAAUGAUCUUAGUCGUGAAGUGAAUGCUCUUAGACUGAAUGCUCUUAGACGUGAAGUGAAUGCUCUUAGUCGUGAAGUGAAUGUUUCUAGACGUAAAGUGAAUGUUCUUAGUUGGGAAGUGAACGCUCUUAGGCGUGAAGAGAAUGUUCUUAGGCUUGAAGUAAAUGCUCUUAGACGUGAAGUGAAUGCUCUUAGACGUGAAGUGAAUGCUCUUAGACGUGAAGUGAAUGCUCUAAGACGUGAAAUGAAUGCUCUAAUACGUGAAGUGAAUGAUCUUAAUCGUUUAGUAAAUGAUCUUAGACGUGAAGUGAAUGCUCUAAGACGUGAUAUGAAUGAUCUUAGACGUGAAGUGAAUGAUCUUAGUUGUGAAGUGAAUGAUCUUAGUCGUGUAGUGAAUGCUCUUAAACGUGAAGUGAAUUCUCUUAGUCGUGAAGUGAAUGAUCUUAGUCGUGAAGUGAAUUAUCUUAGUCGUGAAGUGAAUGCUCUUAGAAGUGAAGUGAAUGCUCUUAGUCGUGAAGUGAAUGCUCUUAGACGUGAAGUGAAUUAUCUUAGACGUGAAGUGAAUAAUCUUGGUCGUGAAGUAAAUGAUCUCAGUCGUGAAGUGAAUGCUCUUAGACGUGAAGUGAAUGAUCUUAGACGUGAAGUAAAUUAUCUAAGUCGUGAAGUGAAUGCUGUUAGACGUGAAGUGAAUGCUCUUAAUCGGGAAGUGAAUGUUUCUAGACUUGAAGUGAAUGUUCUUAGUUGUGAAGUGAACGCUCUUUGGCGUGAAGAGAAUGUUUUUAGGCGUGAAGUAAAUGUUCUUUGA